CUUUUCACUUCUUGCUGUUACCUGUCCGGCCCCGGCACUGCGCGCUGGCAGAGCCCCGAGCCCCGAGCGAUGCGCAGGAGGCUGGGGCACAGCGUUCGCCUCCGAGCCACCCCCGGGCUGCCCCGCUCCUCCGGCAGCGACAACCCGCCACGGAACCCCGGCCGAGACAUCCUGCUCCUGGCCGCCCUGCGCUAAGCCGCUUUCCUCUUUGUUUCUUCCCCACUUUUUAUUUUAUGCGGUGUUAGCGUUGUCUUGGCGGGGCGGAGGAUGAGGAGGGAGCGCAGCCGGGGGUGAAGGACCUUCCUGGUGGUGUGGCUACACCUGGGGCCGGCUGCAGCUCCUGCUGGGGGAAGCUCCGCGUUUUCCUUGCUCCUGGAGCCCUCUGGCCGGGAGCAAGGCAGGCUCCAAAGCCUCCUCCCCGGCAGGAAGAGCUCCGGCGUGGCAGGAGCCCUUGGAAAAGGGAGCGGUGCCUUCCCCAAGCUGCGCGCUGAGCCGGGGAGGGUGAAGCGAACCGUGUGUUUAAAGACUGGAGAAUAAUUAAUUCCUAUUUAUUGCCGACAUCCGGCGCUCGCUGGGGGCACCGAGCUCCCUCGGGAGAGGGGACCGGAGAGCGGGGUCACCAUGGCUUUCUCCCAGGUGCAGUGCUUGGACGACAGCCACGUCAACUGGAGGUCCAGCGAGUCCAAGCCCGAGUUCUUCUACAGCGAGGAGCAACGCCUGGCCCUGGAGGCACUGGCCUCCCGCGGCCCCGACGCCUUCUAUGAAGUCCUGAAGAGGGAGAACAUCAGGGAUUUCCUGUCCGAGCUGGAGCUGAAGAAGAUCCUGGACACGCUGGAGACCUACGACCCCGGCUCCGAGUACAUCCCGCGGCACGGCAGCAGCGCCGGCGACAGCGAGGGCGAGCGGAACAGCCAAGGGGACGAGCAGGACAUGGCCCCUUCCCUGGAGUACUGGCCACAGAGGUCCGACCGCUCCAUCCCGCAGCUGGACCUGGGCUGGCCCGAGACCAUCGCCUACCGCGGGGUCACCAGGGCCACCGUGUACAUGCAGCCACCCAUCGAGGGCCAGGCGCACAUCAAGGAGGUGGUGAGGAAGAUGAUCUGCCAGGCUCAGAAGGUCAUCGCCGUGGUCAUGGACAUGUUCACCGACGUGGACAUCUUCAAGGACCUCCUGGACGCCGGCUUCAAGAGGAAAGUGGGAGUCUACAUCAUUUUGGAUGAGACCAAUGUGAAGCACUUCCUUCAGAUGUGUGAGCGAGCCCACAUGCACGCUGGACACUUGAAGAACCUGCGCGUCCGCAGCACCGGAGGGACCGAGUUCUUCACCCGUUCGGCCACCAAGUUCAAGGGGGCUUUGGCCCAGAAGUUCAUGUUUGUGGACGGGGAUCGAGCCAUGUGUGGCUCCUACAGCUUCACCUGGUCCGCGGCGAGGACGGACCGAAACGUCAUCACGGUCCUCUCGGGCCAGGUGGUGGAGGCGUUUGACAAGCAGUUCCAGGAGCUCUACCUCAUGUCCAAGGGGGUGAGCCUCAAGUCCAUCUCCAUGGGCGAGGAGCCCGAACCCGAGCCCGUAACGCUGCCCUCCGUGGUGCCGGUGACCCCCGCCAACGCCGUGGUGAAGAAGCUGAUAAACCCCAAAUACGCCCUGGUGAAGGCCAAGAGCGCCGACCAGAUCAGCAAAACCUCAUCCGAGAACCAGGACAAAAACCAGAAGACUGACAACAAAGGCAAAGCACCUCCCGAGGGCCAGGGGGGCGAGCGGCACGGUGACGGGGCUGACCUCUCCCUGCUCAUCCACCCCGGCCUCCUGAACCUGGAGAAAGCCAACAUGUUUGACUACCUGCCCACCUGGGUGGAGCCUGACCCCGAGCCGGGGAGCGAAGUCCUGGGCUACAUCAACAUCAUUGACCCCAAGGUCAAGAACGUGAAGCUGUCGCAGAUGAACCGCAUCAAAGUCUGCGACGUCUCCCAGGCCAGCGCCCAGCACCGGCAGAUGCUGAAGAACAGGGAGAUGGAGGCCAGGAAGAACUCAGACCAGGAGCUGCCUCUGCUGUCCCCCGGCCACAGACAGAUCCCACAGCCCCCCGUGGAAGCUCCUGCAGCCCCCACUACCAGCCCCAUCGAAAGCGUCAGCUGGACAACGAGGCAAGUGGGGACAUUUGCCUCUUCACCGCUGGGCCACCAUUUGAAGCCACAGGAGGAGGCAUUGGAGGACGUCAAGCCUCCAGUUCCAAAGCCAAGGACCGUCCCCGUUGGUGUCCUCAUGACCAAAGUUGUCACGAGCUGUGAUAGAAGCACUGCCCUGGAGGGUGACACUCGGCCACCCCUGGCCGACCACACGGGUGUGAAGCAGGAGCGGGAGGAGAAACCCAACCGGGCUUCCAUGGAGACCUGCCACCUCCAGCCAGAGCGGCCAGUGGCAGCUCCACAGGAGGACAAAGGGCCUCCCUGCACCCACAACGGGCUGGGAGAAGAGGAGGAAGAGGAGGAAGAGGAGUACAUCACCCUCAGCGACCAGGAGAGCUACUCCAGCAGCUCUGCUGACCACAGCUACCGCCGCUCCAACGCCUCCUCCAUCUCCGACGAGUACUUCGAGGUGAGGGAUCGCUACGGGCCCCUCCGGAGAACCAACUCGGACGUCACCCACAACGGGGAGAUCCUGCCCAUGCAGAGGAAGCUCAGUGACCCUCAUAUCAGCCGGGGCACCUUCAUCAGCCCCCUGGGCAGCCUCCCCUCCCUGAAGCACCUGCGCUUGGAGGACAUGACGAAGAGGAGGAGCAACGCCGUGGAGAUCAGGCGUAUGCUGCCCCGCAACAUCCUGGAUGGCAACAGCUCCUACCCCAGCAGUGCCGCCCAGGGGACGCACAUCUACCGCUACCGGCCCCGGACCCCGGCGGGCAGAGAGCCGGGCAAGGAGAUCUCCUGCUCCCCGACGCACGAGAAACCCCUCGGGGCUGCCAAGUACAGAGGGGAGGGAGCAGAACCCAAAAAGACCAUUGCAGGCAGCCAGCCCUACUGGCAGAGCAAAACCUUCAGCCCCAGCAAGCCCACAGCACCCGGCCACGUGCCCCAAAACAACCCCAGAGCGUCAGGCAAACGCUUCACCUCCCUGCCCGAGAGCCAGAAGCCAGCCGAGGAGAUGAGGACACCCCUGGGCAUCCCGCUCUCCAAACUGUCCCAGUCCAAGCACCUCAAGAACAAGGUUGCAGGGGCCCAGGGUGCUUCUGUGGACUCCAAAAAGCAGCCCCAGGAGACCACGGGCCAGAAGGAGCAGUAGGGGCUGGUGAUGGUGGCCUUGCAGAGCUGGUGGAGCCCAGGCGCCGCCGCCUUCCUUGGGGCAGGGGGUUCUUGUUUACAUUUACCUGGUCGGUGCACCGGUACCACAUGGCCACGAUGGACAGCCCAAAAGGCUUCCCUGUCCAGGGUCCAGGAAGAGGUGCACAGCAUCCACCCUGGGCAGGUGGCAGGGAGUGUUGGGGACGAUCUUGGACGCCUCCUCCAGGUUGGGGUGAGCUCCGAUCCCGUUAAAAGCUGGAAAGCAUCGCUGGGGAGCGGGUUGGAGCGAAACCCAGCGGUCUGUGAGAUCAGCUGGCAAAACCCAGCCAGCUCCUUCACCCAGAAUGCUGCCUGGAAAGGGAGGGAUCGUCCCUGAUGGUGUUUUUCUUCUGGUUAUUUAAGAGACUUCUGUUACCAUUUUGCACAGCAGGUCCCACUGCAGUCUGCCCUCCCUUCGGAGGGUGAGCCGUGUCCCGGGACAAAGACUCCUCAAGGGACCCACCUCUUUUAACCUUGUACUGUAAAAAAGCAACCUGUUCAUUAAAGCUCCCUGGUCCCACGGCAGGAGAACCUCGCCUAAGACUAUUAAAAUGCAAGAUUAGGUGGCCUUGGACUCAAUAAACUGCAGCUCAAGGUGCCUUGGCACAAAUGUCCAGCUAAAUAUUUUCUAACCCCCCACCCAAGCAUUUCCCCAGCACCCCCAUGUGCUCCCAUCCCCAAACCUCCAGCAA